ACACUUUUAUCUCUGUCUCCACCUCAGGCCUCCAUCCAAGCAGAUAUGUCAGACAACUCCUCCAGCUAUCUUCUCGUCUUCCAGUGCUUUGACUCCAGGGCUGCUGUUUUCAUAUACUAUACCUUUUUCAUCAUCAAAAUCCUUCUCAUCCUCCCUCUCUGCAUCCUCAUCCUCUACCUGGGUCACCGACGAUGGCGGCAGCAGAACAUCACCACGACAAUGAGCCACUCCGACUUCUUCACCUACCAGAUGGCUGCCGUGGAGCUGACUAGUGUUGUUGCGAGCAUCUUCUUCUUUUGCGGUGCCUACACUGAUCUCCCAAUGAUGACAAAAGUAGGGCUCUACGUUUCUACCAUGACUUUUCCUGGCGAGAUGCUCUUUCACAUUCUGACCUGUGUGGAGCGUUACCUGGCUGUUGUUCAUCCCGUCACCUACCUGGGCCUGAGACAGUCAGCUUUUCUGUUCUCUGUGUUCUGAUUCGACCAGGGCCAGGAAGUGUGGGCCGGGAUGAGGAGAGAGCUGACCAAUUAAAGCAGAGGGCUUUCCACAUGGUCACAGUCAUAUUGGGAGUGCUGUGGUUGUGGUUUGUGGGGCUCCUUGUGUGUGUUUCUCUGGAUGCAUCACAGUUGUUGAGUCAUUAUGAUGGAUGUGUGAUGUUAGCAUCUGGGAACUGGUUAAAUCUGCCCAGCAGUUUGGUUUUACCGCUGCUGUUUCUACACAGGGCAGGAAAACUGCUGUGUUGUCAUUACAGCAAAGAGUAAUGACUGGUAAACUAUAUAAAAGGACUGGUGUAGAUUAGACAAGAGUACGUUUGACUGGAUUAUUUGAGUACAUUUUACUAUAUCAGAGCAAAAGGCUAUAAUGUGUAAUAAUUACAUCAAGUAUUUAGCAGUAGUAUUAUGGCAGCAAUAAUAUUAGUAUAGGUAGAAUAAGUAUAAACAGUGAUAUUGGGAUUAGUAUAUACAGUAAUAUUAUGUAGUAGCAGCUGUAGUGUUACUGUUAGUGAUACUGAUAAUAGCAACACUUUUAGUGAUAUUUGAAUUGACACUUCAAUGAACACCAGCCUGCUUUUGUAAGACAUUUCAACCCUGUUAAAUGUUUAUCUUUAUGGAUUCAUAUCAUUGACAUCAACCAGUGGAGCAGCUAAUAUGCUACAAUGUUUUCUUAAAAUUUGCAAAACAGAUUGUAGUCUUAUAGCAUUUCUAAAUAUGACACUUGUUACCCUCUGUGUGUGUUAAUGUCCAUAAUGACAUUACUUUAUUCAUAC